AUGGAAUCUGGUGCUCCAACUCAGCCGCCUUCGGCACUAGCCAAAAAUAGCCUUAUCGGGCUCCCAACAGAGCUUCUUCGCAUGAUUCGUGAUGAUCUACCGGUAGCGUCUCGUAUUGCGCUCGCUUUAACCUGCAAGAAUAUUUGCGACGGUAUCGGCAUUGAACCACUGAAGGGGAAGAAAGUAAUUAAGCUCUUACUACUUCUCGAACGGGAUAGCCCAAACAAAUUCGUCUGCUUUGGCUGCAGAAAGCUCCGGCGCCUGAUCGCACAUCCAACACUGGGUUGGGUUGAUGAAGGCCAUGAACAAUGCGGGGAUCACCGGAAAAAGACUCUCAUCUUCUUGCAUGAAAAUUUGGAGGACGAGAUCUGGGUUCAUUCUGUCCCCGAAACAUACAAAAUUCGGUGGAAUUCUCAUAGCUGGCAGCCUCGCAAGAACGGCCCCGAUGUCUCAUUUUCAGCGGCUCACUUGGUCAUGAUCCAGCAUCGAUAUGGGCCGAGAUAUGGGCUUUCCAUUGAUGUUCUGAAACGGGAGUUUAAUUUCGAGACUUUCAUGAAAUUGAGGAGCAAUGACCAUUUCCCUUUGGAUAAGUAUCCGCCCGGCGGGCAGUAUGGACUGCCCUCGGAGGAACAAGAAAACUUCAAACAAUCCAUAUAUCACAGAGCUGCUACCAUGGUUCGUUCAUCACGAUGGCCUAAAGUUGGAUAUGGACUCGGGCCUUGGAGCUUCGGUCACAAAUACAGCGCCAUGAUCAUAGAGGACGAACUACAUGUGGCUCGUCUUCAUCGAAUGUUGGUUGAGAGAGAUAAACAUGGGUGGACGCUGGAGCUGGCAACGUACCAUCGGCUCGGACGAUGCCAGACACCAGACGAUCUCAUCUGGCAGUGCCUAGCUAGUCCGUCAAAGCAUAUCGGUAGAAGUCGUGAAGAGGUCGAUCCAAGCUUUGGGCCAGGCUGUACACGAGAGAAAUGGCAUGAAGCCCUCACGGGCACCACCAACACCUGA